GGUGACCCUCCUGACGCCCAGCGUCCUAUGCUCACUGGGCUUGCUCUCGUCGUCCUACGUCGUACGCCGCUCCCUCGUCGUCGCCAUUUUCGCCCUCGUAUACUACUACAUCGUCCACCUUCCACCAUCCACGCCCCGGGAGGGAAUGUAUAAUGCGCACACGCUCGCAACCGCCGCGUUACUUGCAUCCGAUCUGCUGGUUUUACAUGAUCCAGCAUCCGAUUUCUCAAACAAAGACGGGAAGUUCUUCGCCCUGCCCGGAUUGAGCUGGACAAAUAUCAAAUGGGCGCUAGAUUUGUCCAUGAAUUUACGUGGCAUAGGGUGGAACUUCGAAGCGAAGCAUCUUUGGACCUCAAUGGGGAAGAACGAGAGUCGACUGCGUUUCACCCUCCGACAGCUUCUGGGGAUGGCGGGUUGCCUCCUUGUGAUGGACCUUGCCCAGACGCUGUAUCGAAACCGUUCUGCAUGCUACACGGGCGGCUCGGUAUAUCAGGAUGGUAUGGCAUGGCAGGUCGUGUACAACCUUGCGGAAUGGAUCAAUAUGGGCGGGGCUAUGCUCCUCAUGCAUGCCUUGGCGGCUGCAGUCACCGUCCCGCUUUUCAUCUAUAAGCAAGAAGACUGGCCGGACAUGUUUGGCAGGAUUCGGGAUGGAUACACCGUGAGAAAAUUCUGGGGACGUACAUGGCACCAACUCCAUCGUCAUUUUUUGACCGCUCAUGCCAAAUUCUUCGCCCAAGACGUCCUGGGAUUGACACGGGGCAAGAAACUCACUACAUACGUCGAGCUUCUCAUCGUCUUCUUCAUAUCCGGGAUUGUGCAUGCGUCGGGCGCCUAUGCCUUCCUUCGCACCUGGUCGGGUGCAUUCGACAGCAUUCUAUUCUUCACCCUACAAGCCGUCUGCAUCGCUUGCGAAGAUCACGUCAUCAUAAUCGGCAAGCGUCUCGGCCUGAAAGAUACGAUGUGGACGCGGCUGAUUGGGUAUGCAUGGGUGGUGACGUGGAUCACUUUGUCCAAUCCUAUUCGCGCGGAGUCGUUGGUACACGGUGGUCUGUGGGAUCAAUCGGAUCAGCCGCAGCUGGGAUUGGUGCAGGGAGUCAUCGAAAAGAGCGGUGUCGUGACUUUCCCUCAGAGGAGGAUUCUGCACGCAGAGUGAUCGCGGACAUGGUGGUCUGAGGGAAAUGUCGAACUCGCGGAAAAGGCUGGUGUAUUUCAGAUUCUAUUAAUACACAAGGAUGAUAUAGAUAGGGAAUCGUCGAGGUGCCGUUG